AAACCACAAAUGUGGCAGAAAACACCCCAUUUCACCCUCAUCUCAUCUGACUUUGCACUUGUUGACAAUGACUGAUUCAAACUCGGCUGAUAAGAAGCUGCCAGAGGAUGAUGGUGGCAGUGUAAAAAAGGGCAAAAAGAAGCAAAAGAAGGAAGAUGGCUGGAGACCAGAGGGACCCAGAGACCCAUUUGCCAUGCUGGACUCUCUGCCAGAAAAGAAGCAGCAAGAGAUCCAGAGAGCCCUCCACCUCUUCUCCAUGGGCCCAAGUCUGCCUAAGACCUUGCAGCAGGCCAAGAGACAUACGUACCACUUCUGGAACACACAACCUGUCCCCAGACUGGAUGACAAUAUCACAACUCAUGGCCCAUUAGUAGAGGGCGAAGUCAGCGUCCGUGAGGAGUCCUACUCUCUACCUCAAGGUUUUUGCUGGGACACUCUGGACCUGAGCAGCCCCACAGGGCUGAAAGAGCUAUGCACUCUACUAAAUGAGAACUACAUGGAAGAAGAUGACAACACCAUCAGAUUUAACUUCUCCCUGGAGUAUCUGCAAUGGGCUUUACAACCUCCUAACUGGCUGGCCCAGUGGCACUGUGGUGUGCGAGUAAACACCAAUAAGAAGUUAGUUGGAUUCAUCGCUGGUGUGCCCGCAGAUGUCCGUGUAUAUGAGACCCAGAAGCCGAUGGUCCAGGUCAAAUUCCUGUGUGUUCACAAGAAGCUGCGGCUCAAGCGGAUGACUCCGGUUCUGAUCCGGGAGCUCACCAGACGGGUCAACCUUCAGGGCCUCCGCCAGGCUGUCUUUACAGCUGGCAUUGUGCUGCCCACUCCACUAAGCUCCUGCAGAUACUGGCAUCGCCCUCUGAAUCCCCGAAAGCUGAUGGAGAUCAACUACCCAGGUCUGAGACAGAACAUGAACCUGCAGAGAGCUCGCAAGUUCAACCGCUUGCCUGAGGAGACAAAGACAAAAGGUUUGCGCCCCAUGACCAAAAAAGAUGUUGUGGGGACGCACUCACUACUCCAGACAAGCAGCAGCAAGUUUCACCUCAGCCCCAUCUUGUCUCUGGAGGAAGUAGAUCACUGGCUCCUGCCUCGGGAAAAUGUGAUUGACACCUAUGUGGUGGAGGCUGAUGAUGGCACACUGACUGAUGUGGUGAGUUUCUAUAGCGUCUCCUCCAAGGUGCUGAAUCAUCCAGUCCACACUGGCCUGAGAGCAGCUCAUCUCCUUUACAUUGCCUGUACUGCCACAGACCUGGCUGACCUCAUGGAGGACACAGUGGUCCUGGCUAAAUCUAAAGGUUUUGACAUCUUCUCUGCUCUCGAUGUGAUGGACAACAAGAAUUUCCUGGAGAAACUAAAGUUCAGCGUCAGUGACAAGAUCCUUCAUUACUACUUGUACAACUGGAUGUGUCCAAAAAUGAGCCCAGACAAGGUGGGUUUAGUGUUACCCAACUAACCUGCCACUGAGAGACGAAGGGAGUGGUGAAGAUGAGAGGACCAGAGUGAGUGGCAGGACAGUGGACAUCAAACUGCAUCAACAGCACGAAUUAGAGUUUAAAAUAUAAACUGACAAACUGCAAAAUACACUCUCAGAAAUCUGUGAA